AUGUGGGAGGGAGCGAGGGGGAGGGAGCCAGAGAGACUGGUACUAAACUCUCGCUCCACUGCAGACCUCUGGACACAAACUUGUCUGCUCCCCGCCACAGUCUGGCCUCCCCGCCGCUCCGCAGGUGUCUGACCUCUGCGCUCCUCCACAGCAGCCACUCAGCCACCCGGAACCACGCGAGAGUGGACGGAACAAGGCUUCUAAAGUGAGAACCACUGGACUUCAGCUGCAGCUCAGAGUUCAGCACAGCAGGAGGACCUCUGAGGACCAUCUGACCAGCGAUGGCUGACUGGAGUCUGCUGGGCAACUUCCUGGAGGAGGUUCAAGAACAUUCCACGUCUAUUGGCAAGGUCUGGCUCACCAUCCUGUUCAUCUUCAGGAUCCUGGUCCUCGGCACAGCAGCCGAGUCGUCGUGGGGCGACGAGCAGGAGGACUUCAACUGCGACACGGAGCAGCCCGGCUGCGAGAACGUUUGCUACGACCGAGCCUUCCCCAUCGCUCACAUACGAUACUGGGUGCUGCAGAUCGUGUUUGUGUCCACCCCCAGUCUGAUCUACAUGGGUCACGCCAUGCACACGGUCCGGCGAGAGGAGAAGAGGAGGGGCAGGGAGGAGGAGGAGGAGGGGGGGGGAGGAAGAGAAGACGACCCCGGGGGAGGAGACACAGGAGAGGUGGAGAAGGAAGGGAUGGCAGGAGAAAGGGAGGACGAGAAGGAGAAGAGGGACGGCAUGUCCUCGGGACAAGUGCGCCUGAAGGGGGCGCUGCUGCAGACCUACGUGCUGAGCAUCCUCAUCAGGAGCAUCAUGGAGGUGGUCUUCCUGUGCCUGCAGUACUUCCUGUACGGCAUCUUCCUGCACCCUCUCUACGUCUGUAAGGCUUGGCCGUGUCCCCACCCGGUCAACUGCUACGUGUCCAGACCCACGGAGAAGAACGUCUUCAUCGUCUUCAUGCUGGCGGUGUCGGCGGUCUCCCUGGUCCUCAGCGUGCUGGAGCUGCAGCAUCUGGCCUGGAGACACUGCUGCAGGAGACUCUUCUCCAGGAGGUCUGUCUCUCCCAAAGCCGCCUCCCUGGCCCGCCCGCUGUCUCUGUCCCCCCCGCCACCAUCGACCCCGCCGCCGGACUUCAACCAGUGCGUGAUGGGGCCGCCGCACUUCCUGCCCCUCCCAUUUCCCAACCACCGCUUGGCAAACCAGCAGAACUCGGAGAACUUGGCCACGGAGCAGCACAAACUGGCCACUGCGGUGGAGGAGGAGAAGCUGCUGCAGAUGAGCUGCUACGCCCCCGCCUGGCCCAGUCCCGGCAGCGCGCCGCCGCCCGAGGCCGACUACCUGAGGACGGAGCUGAGCUGCUUCAGCCGGGGCAGGGACAUCGCCUGCCUCCAGAUGCAGGGCAGCGCGGCCGACAGGCCGCAGGUCGGUCCCAGGGACAAGCGCCGAUUCAGCAGAGCCAGCGGCGCCAGCAGCCGCAGGGCAGAUGACCUCGCCAUAUGACAUCAGGCCGCCUGCGACGGACGGGUCACAGAGCGUCUUCUGGGUUUCGGCCAACGUACGGAGACGGAGAGGAGCCGCGGACACUGCGGGGGCGGAGGCAGAUCUCAUGACGCUGAUGGCUGAACCAAAGACUGCAGACAUACGUUCCAACUCGUCAUGAGGUCGAGACUUUGGCUUCCUUCUCACAUCAGCCAGGACCUGGCGCUGUGCCCGCGUCGUCUGGAUCUCUGUGGGACCAAACACGUGUCAAAGGGGAAACCUGGACUUUUUCUCAGUGAAGAGGAGCCUUUGCAUGUUUUUUCCUAGCUGUUAUGAGUUUUACCUGUAGUUGAGCUAAACAUCCGAGUGUCCUUGUGUCUGUUUAAACCAGCGUCUGUGCACCGACUCUCAGAGUUCAGACAUGACAGCAGCGCAGGCUGAAAGAUGAGACACUGACGUACGGCACUAUCACCACCAGCAGUUUCUUUCCAUGUACCGGAUAUAAAGUGCAGUCGAAAUAAACCGGCCCUUCAUCUGUGUCGUUUCAACUGGUCUGAGAAGGUCCAGCAUGGACGUGCAGAAAGGAGGCUUCAGGUCCUACUCCUGAGCUUCGUUCUGUAAAACCAGCGCUCGGCGAAACUGAAAAUCAGGCAACGUCACAUCGAUCUGGAUGGAGGAAACAGAAUCAGA